GCCGUGCUGGUCCCGGAGAAGCUGUCCUUUCCCGAGAGCCGCUCGCGAUGGCGUAGGGCAAAGAAGAUGAUUUCUGCCAAGAAACUGCCAUCAAGUCCAAACACUGAGCAAAACCAAUCAUCUCCUCAUCUGCCUCUCUGCACAAAUCCUGGCAAUCCGGUGUUUUCCUGUAUGCUGUACCCCAAAACACUCAUUUCUUUCACAAAGCCUCAGGUUCUACUGUUUAAAACAACUUCAAGUGAAUAUGGUGUCCUACCACCUAUCUCACAGAUGGCCUGCACUUAUCAUCCAGUGGAUCAGACCUUUUCAAAACACUUACCCACUUGUGGGUCAUUUCGAGAUAGUUAUUUAAACACUGCCAUUGACAGAAGUAGGGUAUAUGACUACCCCAAUUUACAGCAUACUCUGUAA